CCCCCCCCGCGCCCCCCCUUCGGGGACCACGCGCCCCUGUCCCCCCAGAGCAGCGUGGCCUCCUCGGGCAGCGAGCAGACGGAGGAGCCGGCCGGCGGCCGCAACACCUUCCAGGAGGACGGCAGCGGCAUGAAAGAUGUCCCCUCCUGGCUGAAGAGCCUGCGGCUGCACAAAUACGCGGCGCUUUUCUCCCAAAUGACCUACGAGGAGAUGAUGACGCUGACGGAGCAUCACCUCGAGUCGCAGAACGUCACCAAGGGCGCCCGGCACAAGAUCGCCCUCAGCAUCCAGAAGCUGCGGGAGCGGCAGAGCGUCCUCAGGGCGCUGGAGAAGGUGGCACCUUGGUGGCCAGCGGGUCCCCGGGGGUGGCACUGGGUGGCCCUCGGGUUCCUGGGGUCCCUCAGGGAUGGCACUGGGUGGCUCUCGGGUCCCCAGGGGUGGCCUGGGCUUCUCAGGGGUGGCACUGGGUGGCCCUCAGGUCCCCAAGGGUGGCAUGGGGUUCCUGGACAUGGCACUGGGGUGGCCUUCAAGUCUCCAGGGGUGGCUCAAGUCCCUUGGGUGGCCCUUGGGUCCCUGAAGGUGGCACUGGGUGGCCCAGGGGUGACCCCUGGGGGGGUCUCUCGGGUUCCUUGGGUACCCAGGCGUGGCACUGGGCUUCUCAGGUCCCCAGGGGUGGCCAUUG